CACCGCCGUUCUCGCCUUCUCACCUCAAGCAUCCUCUCCUCGCCGCCAGCACUCUUCGUCCUGUUGUGUGCGCCUCUGCGCUUGCCGUCUCGUAUAUCACAGCAGCGACGCCGACGCGACCCUCUGCGCGGCGCUUCUCUCGCCCCUCCACAUCUCCGCGCGGCCGCACCACGCUCUUUGUCGCCCGUCACGCUCCUUCACCGCGUCCGCUAGAGCUCGCCAUGCGCUUCCUCUCGCUCCUAGUGCUGGCCGGUGCCGCGCGAGUCGCGGCAGCGCCAGGCGGCAGCCAGGCCGUGCUCGCUGCGCAGGCCGAUGACCUCGUGUUCGGGCAGCAGAAGGGCGCCGCCAGCACCUUCUCGCCCAUCAACCCGCCCAGCAUCCCGCUUGCCGUCAAGAGCCCUUACCUGAACGUGUGGGCGCCGAGCGGCUCGCUGCUGAGCGCCUCGCCGCCCAACGUGCAGGGCAACGGCGGCUACCUGGCCGGCGCCGACCCGUCCUUCUGGACGUCGGGCUACGGCGCCGAUGGCGAGCACCGCAUGGCGUGGACGGGCCUGAUCCAGGUCAACAACGUCACGUACCAGUGGAUGGGCGACGCGUUCGGCAAGACGGUCGCCAAGGGCAGCAACGCCAACCAGAUCUCGUUUGAGUACACGGCCACGCGCAGCAUCUAUGCCUUCGAGGCCGGCGGCGUGCUCUUCAACGCCACGUUCCUCACGCCCGUGAAUCCGACGGACUACCUGCGCCAGAGCAUUCCCAUGAGCUACCUGCACAUCGAGUUGGACAAGCACACGCUCGUCGGCAAGAGCGUGCAGCUCUACACCGACAUCGACGAGCGCUGGUCCACGGGCCAUGACUACGACUACCAGAACUUCCCAAUGACCGUCCUCUUUGACGCAGACACCAAUGGCACGUCGUCGUACUUCGUACAGCGCACGAACCCGCAGCCCUACACCGAGUUCCGCCAGCGCGCCGAGUGGGGCAGCGUGGCGUGGGCCGUGCGCCAGCAGCCGGGCCUGUCGAGCCGCAACAACAACAACGUCGUCACGCAGCUCGAGUUCCUCAACCGCGGCAAGCUCACGUACGACCACUACCCGACGGGCGGCCCGGACAACUCCUUUGCCUACGCCAUCGACUUUGACGUGCAGGGCGCCGGGCACGAUGCGCUCUUCGCCAUCGGCCACUUCCGCACGCCGCUGAUCAACUACAUCCGCGCUGGGCCCAACGGCACGAGCUAUCUGGAGGAUCGCUACGGCUACUGGAUGACGGAGUUUCCCGCCUACCAGGACGCCGUAGCUUUCUUCCUCAACGACUUUGACAAGGCGCUGGACUACGCGGUGAAGCUUGACGCGCAGAUUGAGCAGGACGCCAAGGACGCUGUCGGCGGCGGCGACGUCGGCGAUCAAUACGCUGCCAUCGUUGCUCUCUCCGUCCGGCAGGCCAUGGCCACGAUCGAGAUCAGCGUCGGCUACAACCGCACGAGCAAGAGCUACGUCAAGAACGACACGCUCAUCUUCCUCAAGGAGAUCAGCUCCAACGGCGACAUGAGCACCGUCGACGUCUUCUUCCCGCAGUUCCCCCUGCUCACGUACCUGAACCCGGACCUGCUGCGCGACGUGAUGCUGCCGAUCUUCAUCUACACCGAGAGCGGCUUGUACCCGAACAAGUGGUGCGUGCACGACCUCGGCGUGUACCCGUCCGCGUUCGGCCACAACGACGGCAUGGACGAGGCAAUGCAGGUCGAGGAGAGCGGCAACAUGAUCCUCCUCACGGCGCACUGGGCGCAGAUGGUCGGCAACAAGACGGCCAAGCCGUUCCUCAAGGAGCACUACAAGAUCCUGCAGCAGUGGGCGCAGUUCCUCAUCGAGGACUCGCUGGUGCCCGCCGAGCAGCUCUCGACCGACGACUUUGCCGGCACGCUCGUCAACCAGACGAACCUGGCCAUCAAGGGCAUCGAGGGCAUCGCCGCCAUGGGCAUCAUCGCCGACGUGCUCAACCACACCAAGGACGCGGCCAUGUACCGCAACAUCAGCAGCACGUACAUCCAGCUCUUCUACGGCUACUCGCUCUCCAAGGACGGCUCGCACACGACGCUCAACUACGGCUCGGACGACUCGUGGGGCACGCUGUACAACCUCUUCGGCGACCGCCUGCUCAACCUCGAGCUCGUGGCCAAGGAGCUGUACGACAUCCAGGACGCGUGGUACCCGCGCAAGGCCGAGCGCUGGGCCGUGCCGCUCGACUCGCGGCACAAGUGGGCCAAGACGGACUGGGAGAUGUUCGCCUCGGCGACGGCCGCCAACGGCAGCACGCGCGACCUCUUCAUCGAGAAGACGUACGACUUUGUGUCGAACGGCCGCACCGACUCGCCCUUCGUCGACCUGAUGGAGAGCACCACGGGCGACACGCCCAAGCCGCCCUUCGACCCGCUGGUGCACUUCCUCGCGCGGCCCGUCGUCGGCGGCCACCUGAUGCACAUGGCCAUCGCCAAGGCGGACAAGGCCAACGGGUUGAGCAAGAAGCACCCGUACGCCUACGGCCCGGCGAUCAAGCACCCCAAGGGCAAGAAGCCGCGCAAGGAGGACGAGGCGCAGGCACAGGCCAUCAUCGAGGCCUCGCGCCAGGGCCGCCUGGGCGACAUCUCGACGGCCUCGGGCUAUGCGCCGGGCAACAGCGCGCAGCGCCGGCCGAAGCCCAGCCCGCCGCGCGUGCCGCAGCUCAACGCCAUCGACCCGAUCAACAACCCGGCCGCCGUCAACGCCGCUGUGCAAGCUGCGGCUGCCGGGCCGGCCCCGCAGGCGCAGCAGGCAAAGCAGUCGACCGGCGGCAAGAGGGCCAGCAAGUACGUGAGCCGCGUGAUGCGAAAAGGCCGGCAGCAGGCCUUCGCCUAGACUUGCAAGUGCUUGUGGCGUCGCUGUGCGCGCCACUAGUCUGCUAGCGGGCGCGCCCGCCUGUGCUUUGCUCGUGCCUCUGCUUGCCACAUGUCCCGUCUCCUGCGCUGCUGUGCUGCGCCUUGCAAUGAAGCCGAUGCCCCGGAC